CUGCGGCAUCAUGGGCAGCGCCAGCCCAGGCCUGAGCAAUGUGUCCCCUGGCUGCCUGCUGCUGUCCCCAGAUGUGUCCCUGCGGACAGGUGUGGAGAAGGCAGCGGUGGUGGCAGCGGCAGCCGCGGGAACACCGGGCCCUGAGAAGCAGGAAUGGAGACCGAGCUCACCUGCCACCCCUGAGCAGGGCCUGUCUGCCUUCUACCUCUCCUACUUUAACAUGUACCCUGAGGAGGGCAGCUGGGUCACCAAAGUCCCCAUGGCCAGUGGCAGGGAGGAACCCCUGGAGGAACCAGAACAGUGCCCGGUCAUCGACAGCCAGGCCUCAGGGAGCAGCCUGGAUGAGCGGUCCCUGGAGCAGGUGCAGUCCAUGGUGGUGGGCGAGGUCCUGAAGGACAUCGAGACGGCAUGCAAGCUGCUCAACAUCACAGCAGACCCUGGGGACUGGAGCCCUGGGAACGUGCAGAAGUGGCUUCUGUGGACCGAGCACCAGUACCGGCUGCCUCCAGCAGGCAAGGCCUUUCAGGAACUGGGCGGCAAGGAGCUGUGUGCCAUGUCGGAGGAGCAGUUCCGCCAGCGCGCACCCUUGGGUGGGGACGUGCUGCAUGCCCACCUGGACAUCUGGAAGUCAGCGGCCUGGAUGAAGGAGAGGACCUCGCCUGGGGCCCUUCACUACUGUGCCGCCACCAGCGAGGAGGCCUGGACGGAUGGUGAGGUGGAUUCGUCGUGCUCCGGGCAGCCCAUCCACCUGUGGCAGUUCCUCAAAGAACUGCUGCUCAAGCCCCACAGCUACGGCCGCUUCAUCCGCUGGCUCAACAAGGAGAAAGGCAUCUUCAAAAUCGAGGACUCUGCGCAGGUGGCCCGGCUAUGGGGUGUGCGCAAGAACCGGCCGGCCAUGAACUACGACAAACUGAGCCGCUCCAUCCGCCAGUAUUACAAGAAGGGCAUCAUUCGCAAGCCCGACAUCUCUCAGCGCCUUGUCUACCAGUUUGUGCAUCCUGUCUGA